UGGAGACGACUUUUCUUGUUUCUCUCCCCAUACCAUAAAGUUCCUUACAUCAUGCGGAUAGUUCUAAAACUUUUCAAGACAUUCCAUCAUAAUACCUUGAUCCAAAAUAGAAGAUAUUUACUAGGUGAUGGAGCAUUAAGAAUACAAAGCUAUUUAAACCAUUGUCAGGAUUAUCAAAGCAACUAUGAUGAUGCCAGAAAAGAGACUUUUAUGGCUGAAAUGAAAGAUAAAAUAUCAAAAGGAGAUGUUGUUUUAGGAGACGAACUGAAAACAAUGAUCCAUCUUGUAAAGACAGAUGAAGAUGUAGAUAUGUGUAUAAAAAUGGCUAACCAAUUCCAGAAAGUAAAAUAUCAGCUUCAACAGCGAUAUGAUUUUUUCUUUGGUCCAGUAUUUAUGAGGAUGUUACAUCAUUCUAAGAAAGCAGACAUUGCAUUUAAGUUGAUGGAAGAUAGGAAGGGAAUGAGAAAUCUGCUAUUCCACCUGACUGCAGUUGUGAUCUAUAUGGAUUUGUUGUAUGAGGGAGAAAAGUAUGACCAAGUUGUCAAAUGUUAUGAAGAACUUGAUAGAUCUCAGAAGUAUAAGCACCUACCACUUAGAAAUCACAUGACUUUGGCAAUGGCAGCUUUGUAUAAAAUGAACAGUCAACAAGCAUUAGAAAAAGCUACAGAGUUAGUUCAAGCUACAUAUCACAACAGUAAGAGAAUAACAUCACCAAGGACAAGAGCAUAUGCUGCAGCCUUAGCCUUAAAUAAGAAUAAUCCAGAUCUAGCAUUAGAAAUACUAAAGCUGUCUGUUGAAAGUGAUUUUGUCCAGAGUUUGAACACAGCAUUAAAAAUAAUUGCAUUGUCCAGACUUGACCAAGUAGAUGCUGCAAUGGAAUUGCUUGAUAAAUAUCAUGUCCAGACAUCUAUCAGCUAUGACAAGCCAUCAAAAAUAUUUCCAGAUUGUAUAGAAGCUUUAAGUGAAAUGAUUGACAGAAAUGAUGACCCACAAAUAAAACAGACAUUUACUAAUACAAAAAUGAACUUGGAAAAAGCUCAACUUAUAAAUGAUGUUUCAAUAUUUGACAAACUUUGUGAUACAAUUCUCAAUAGUCGACCUGAUAAUGAACAUAUACAAAAUUUACAAGAUAAGCGAGGACGACUAGUUAGAGAUCAUCACAGAUAUUGAAAUGGUCUCUUGUGUGGAAACUGAUAAGAUGCCAGAAAUAUAGUCCAGAGAAAUUGAUAAUUGAUACACCGUGCCAUAAAAGUAUUUUUAUUGGUGGACUACAAUUGGAGCUUUAUAGAUGGACAAUACCCAUUCUGCCAAGGUGUCUGUACUUGAGAUGUAGUCCUAACUUGUGUUUGCUAGAUGUAUAUGUUUGACCUAAAUGUCUUGAGAUACUGAGUUAUUAAAGAGUUGUGUAAGGUUUUUAAGAGAAAUAUAGAUAUCAAAAGAAUUUAAUACAGGAAUUUGUUUGUUAUGAGUAUGAAUUAUGGAGAUUGCCUGAUUAAAGAUAUAUUUA